ACUUCAUGGAUAAAACAGCUCAGCAAAAGAAUCUGGAAGGAUAUGUUGGCUUUGCAAGCCUCCCCAACCAAGUGUACAGGAAGUCUGUCAAGAGGGGCUUUGAGUUCACCCUGAUGGUCGUGGGUGAGUCGGGUUUGGGAAAAUCCACGCUGAUCAACUCGCUCUUCCUCACCGACCUGUACUCAGCAGAGUAUCCAGGACCUUCACAUCGAAUCAAGAAGACAGUCCAGGUGGAGCAGUCAAAAGUGCUCAUAAAAGAAGGCGGCGUGCAACUGUUGCUCACAAUUGUUGACACUCCAGGCUUUGGUGAUGCUGUCGACAACAGCAACUGCUGGCAGCCCGUCAUCGACCACAUCGACAGCAAGUUUGAGGAUUACCUGAACUCUGAAUCACGGGUGAACAGACGACAGAUGCCCGACAGCCGAAUUCACUGCUGCCUCUACUUCAUCGCACCCUCAGGACACGGACUGAAGCCCUUGGACAUCGAGUUCAUGAAACGUCUGCAUGAGAAAGUCAAUGUCAUCCCGCUGAUCGCCAAAGCAGACACGCUCACGCCAGAGGAAUGUCAGCAGUUCAAGAAGCAGAUCAUGCGAGAAAUCCAAGAGCACAAGAUCAAGAUAUACGAGUUCCCCGAGACGGAUGACGAAGAGGAAAACCGCCUGGUGAAGAAGAUCAAGGACAAGCUGCCGUUGGCCGUCGUGGGCAGCAACACCAUCAUCGAGGUGAACAGCAAGCGGGUCAGAGGCCGACAGUACCCCUGGGGGGUUGCAGAAGUUGAGAACAGUGACCACUGUGACUUCACCAUCCUCAGAGACAUGCUCAUCAGGACUCACAUGCAGGACUUGAAAGACGUGACAAACAAUGUCCACUAUGAGAACUACCGCAGCAGGAAGCUGGCGGCCGUCACCUACAAUGGCGUGGAGAACAACAGGGCCAAGGGUCAACUGUCCACCAAAAUUGACGCUGUUGAAGGAAUGAGUCCUCUGGCCCAGAUGGAGGAGGAGAGGCGGGAGCAUGUGACCAAGAUGAAGAAGAUGGAAAUGGAGAUGGAGCAGGUGUUUGAGAUGAAAGUCAAGGAGAAAGUGCAGAAGCUUAAAGACUCUGAAGCAGAGCUUCAGCGGCGCCACGAGCAGAUGAAGAAGAACCUUGAGGCGCAGCACAAGGAGCUGGAGGAGAAGAGGCGUGUGUUUGAGGAGGAGAGGGCAAACUGGGAGGCUCAGCAACGCCUGGAGCAGCAGAGACUGGAGGCCUCCAGAACUCUGGAGAAGAACAAAAAGAAAGGCAAGAUCUUUUGAAGAGACAGUCGUCAGGACCAAGUCGACUUAGUUCUGUUUGCCAACGUUGCCGCUCAGGGCAUCAUCAGUGUGUGGCACUGACACCCCCGUAUCCUUCCUCUUUUCUCUCCCGACCUUCCUCUGUGUUCCUGCACCCGGCCACUAGGGGGUGUCUGUUGCUCUAUGUGUGGGUGUGGGGUUGGGGGGCGCGAUAGUGGCAAAUACAUUCGGAACCAGCGCCCUCCCACCCCCACACUGCCUCUGGACUCAUCAUUGAAGAAUGUGUUUACUUUAAAACCGUAAAACGUACAAAAAGGCCAAACCCAUGUUAUUUUUUUAAUUAUUAUAAUUAAUAUUGGUGUUGUUAUUACUGAAUACCGCCCCAGCCCCGUCCCCCCCUCUGCAGUGCUCCUGUCCUCCAAGGUUGCUUUUUAAAUGAUGGUGGUGUUUUGACUGUUGUACAAUCACAUUCGUUUACAGGAAAGAAAGUCCGCUUGUUAACGAGAACAUGAAUCUGAUUGUCCUACAUGCAGGAAGAUGACAUUGACUUAUCUUUUUUGUUUUCUUUUCAACGUAAACCCGGUGAACCUUCUUUUUUUUAACCCUUCCUCUCCCAGUGCAACAGCAUAAAAUGAAACGGUGUCAAUGUCAAGAAUGAGACUAAAUUAAAACAAUAAAAUGCACCUUGGGCCUUUUUUAUAGAUACAAAUAAUGGCUUAAGCUUCUUAUUCCUGCAAUAUAAAUACUUAUGUCUGUUCAGCAAUCUCCACUAGUUUUGGACCACCAUUUAUAAUGUUGAAAGUAUUAUAUUUCACUUUAGUUUAUUUUUAUAUAUAUAUAUAUAUACAUACACACACACCGAGCCAGCUGAAGUAAGAAAGACCUGCUUUUGUACGUGUAGAAGAAAAGAAAACUUAACAGCUGCGUCCACUGUUUGUAAAAUAAUACUUCCGUAAUCAGAGGACACCCUGGACGCCCAAACAAUAAUAAAAGGAAUUAAAAACCUAAAAUUUUUCAAAUGCGCUGCAAACUGCCAGUGGGAAAUGAAGAGUCAACACCGCAUUUUUGCUUUGGCUAUGUACUCCAUCUUUGUAUUUUUAAUGUUAUUUUUCAUUUGUAUUGUACAAAGUCACUUAAUAAACCUGUGAUCAUA